CUCACAGAAGGAACUCUGAAAGCUGGCCUCCCAAACAUCGAUAGCAAAGAAGAAUAACUGCACAGCACAUACAAAGAACACCUACAGAACAGCAGUAGUGCCCUGAAGACGUGGACAUGGCAGAACAGCUGCAGGAGGGCUGCGGGGCCCUGCAGGUAGGAGACCUGGACACGGAAGAAAAGCUGCAGGAAGGCUGCAGGGCCCUGCAGGUAGGAGACCUGGACACAGCAGAACAGCUGCAGGAAGGCUGCAGGGCCCUGCAGGUAGGAGACCUGGAUACGGAAGAAAAGCUGCAGGAAGGCUGCAGGGCCCUGCAGGUAGGAGACCUGGACACGGAAGAAAAGCUGCAGGAAGGCUGCAGGGCCCUGCAGGUAGGAGACCUGGACACAGCAGAACAGCUGCAGGAAGGCUGCAGGGCCCUGCAGGUAGGAGACCUGGACACAGCAGAACAGCUGCAGGAGGGCUGCGGGGCCCUGCAGGUAGGAGACCUGGACACGGAAGAAAAGCUGCAGGAGGGCUGCAGGGCCCUGCAGUCAGUGGAACUGCAGACUGAAGGUCAACUGCAGGAGGGCUGCAGAGCCCUGCAGACAGGAGACCUGGACACGGCAGAACAGAACUUUGCAGCGGCGCUCAAGUCUGUUCAUGGGAAAGAGGCAAGCAAAGAGGUGGAGCUACUACUAAAGUUAAGUGAUGUCUACCUGAAGAGAGGAGUGCUAUCAAAAGACGGCGAUGAUUUCACCAAGGCAGCAGCGCUCUGUAACGCAGCACUGGUAAGAUCCAAAUUGGAAUACCGAGGCGACAUAAAACAAACAAUCCAGUUGAUAACCCAAUCAUUCGUCAAGCACGUCCUGGGUAUCACACAGACAGUAGGUUUAGAUGACGUAGACAAACACAAAAAGAUAAUGAAGGAUGAUAGACAUCAAAUAGCAAAAGAGAUCGAAGACAUUGAACAACAGGCCGAUCCUUACAGCCUUGAUGAUGACGACCCAAAUAUCACAGAAGUGGAGAAGAGGAGAGUGGAAGCAGUCAAGGUAUUGUUUCAGACAAUACUAGAUCAGCGAAGAAUGUUUAUAACAGGCCUUAUAGAUGAAUGCAUGGAGGUAAUGGGCCACCCUCCCUGUAAGUACGCCAUGAUAGGCUUGGGUUCGCAAGCCACAGGUCUAGUAACACCGUACUCUGACUUGGAAUUUGCUCUUUUGAUAGAGAAGGAAACAGAAAAUAAUGUCACCUACUUCCGUAACCUCACUCACUACCUGCAUCUCAAAGUAAUCAAUCUGGGAGAAACCAUUCUUCCUGCCAUGGGGAUUAAGUCUCUUAAUGAUUUUCACUCAGACGAUCCACUGGACAACUGGUACUAUGAUUCUGUAACACCGCGCGGGUUUUCGUUCGAUGGAGCCAUGCCACAUGCAUGCAAGACUCCGUUAGGCAGGGGUAAAACGUGUGAACUUAUCCGUACACCCAGUAACAUGGUAAAACUUCUGGAUGACAAUAUAGCUUUCUAUCUGAAGAAAGGCUACCAUCUUGCAAGUGUCUUGGGGAAUGUUUCUUUAAUCGUAGGACAGCAAGAGUUGGUCAAUGAAUAUCAGACUUUGUGGACUAAGCUGUUGCGUGAAGACAAUCGAAAAAUCUCCACCCUACUCGCAAAUGCCAUAAGUACAGAGAAUUUCCCAACGUUUGAACGAAAUGUUCUGAGUGCCAGUCUGUUUGAUGUUAAGAAAGAAAUCUAUCGAUUUUCAAGCAUUACUAUUUCAUGUUGGGCACUGCUUUACGAAAUACAACCGACGACAAUCUGGGAGACAAUUGCAAAGAUGCACAAGAAUGGUGCCAUUAACAAGGAGAACGCGCAUCACUUGAUGGUGAUGGUCAGCAUCUCAGCAGAACUGAGGCUGCGGACAUACAUGAACAAUCACGGCCAAGUGGAAAAUAUGUCAGCAUUAUCGUCCAUGCCGACAGAAACAGAUCUAGGGGAAAAAUUAAGUAAAGUGUUUUACAUCUCGAAUGCAAAACAGCUCAUGAGAUACUAUUACACAGCAACACCUUUGAAGCGCUUUGUCUCAAAGAUGAUGGAGUCCCCAGUAGAUGCUUUAAAACUUUUUGACAAUUCUUUGCAACUAAAAUCACAUGUGUACGAUAGACUGUGUGAUUACUCUAACUCGAAGGCAUGUUUGGAAGAGCUUCUGGAGAACUAUCAUUCCCGAUAUGGUCAAGCUUUCAUACAUCCUGACAUUGCCCAAACACUUGCCAAAUUAGGUAUAGCAUGUCACAACAUUGGCGAUCACAACAAUGCCGCCAGCUAUCACGAACAGUCACUACAAAUGAUGCUGACUAUCUUUGGUGAGAACACUGCACAUCCCAAAAUCACCCGGUCACUAGGCCUCAUGGGCAACGCCUGGAUGCGCCUUGGCGAUCAUAAAAAGGCCGUCAGUUUUUACGAACAGUCACUACAGAUGUGGCGGACUAUAUAUGGUGAGACUAGUCCACAUCCUGAUAUCGCCUUGUCUCUAGGCAACUUGGGCAACGCCUGUAGGGCCCUUGGAGAUCACAAAAAGGCCGUCAGCUAUCAGGAACAGUCACUACAGAUGAUGCGGUCUAUCUAUGGUAAAAACACAGCACAUCCUGAUAUCGCCUCGUCACUAAAUAACUUGGGUGUCGCCUGGAGUGACCUUGGUAAUCACAAAAAGACCGUCGGCUAUCACGAGCAGUCACUACAGAUGAGAUGGACUAUCUAUGGUAAGAACACUGCACAUCCUGAUAUUGCCUAUUCACUAGUCAACUUGGCUGGCUACCUGUGGUAUUUACAUAAUGAGUCUGUUGGCUAUAGAAGCAAGGCCAUCGGGUCCAGUAAACAUUUUAGCCGCGACAUGGCGGGUUCGUGCAGGCAUUUGUGUGCCAUUUUGGCUCUCUGCAUCUUUGUCCAGACUUGUGGCCAGCAGACGUCAUGUGGAGCUGCAAAUAAGACAGAUGCAGUCGCUAUUGUUUACGUCUUUAAUCAGCAGAACUGGGUGGAUCGUCUUCAAGAAGUUGAAGGUAAAAUGAAGCUGGAACGUACAAACGACAUCGUCUCCCUCGCCAAAGAAACAUGCGGAUUAUCAGAGUUUCGCCACUUUCCCCGGACUGAUUGUUGGGGUCCAGGUUCAGACAUAUCCAGUCCUCCUGGUGUCACCCUCCAGGGCUGUGCGGAGGCUUGUUGUGCCGACUCGACAUGCCUGUCGUUUCAGUACAACAUAGUCAACCAAUGCUAUUUGAAAAGCAGGCUCUGUUCAGAUGAGGAGAAAACGUUUUCAUCGGAUGGCAACAUUUACGAUCGGAUUCAAAUACCAGACAUUGACGCCUGCUUAGCUAACCCGUGUGACGCCAACGCUACUUGCAAAGAUAAUCCCGCUCCUGCCAUGGACGCGACUUGUACCUGUAGCACUGGAUAUAGAGGAGAUGGUCUCGUCAGUAAAACUGGAUGUUCAGGCAAGUUUGAUCCUUAA